CGAGGCUUUGGGGGGUGUGCUGCUUCCAUUCCAUAGGCUCUCACGCAAUCUUAAAAAAGCCACUAAUAAAUACCUGAAGCAAGGCAAACACCUUCGCUUUAGAUACAUCUGUAAGUGUGGGGUUGUUGUUUUAUGUUCACUAUUCUAGUGUGAGGUUUUUUUAAAACAGGGAUUUCUUUAUUAAGGUGCAUUUAGUUUCGUUUUUUUUUUCAGUCUUUGUAUUCACCAUGACGGCGACUUUAGACUAUCUGGUAGUUUUAUUUAAUACAACAUCUGGGUUCAACGGGGCUAAUUUGGGAUCUGAUGAAAAGGAACUCGUUCAAUUGAUGUGGCAAGUUGUGGAUUUGUCGAACAAGAAGACUGGAAAACUCCGUGAAGUUUUAGUAAGACCUGAUAAUUUGGAACUGACAGAAGAAUUCAAAGAAGCAACUGGCCUUCAAGAAGAAGCAAUUUCCGCAGCUGAUCCUUUGGAGCAGUUCUUAAAUCAGUUUAACCAGCUGAUGGCUAAUGAACCAAGUCUUGGAGUGGGAGCUUCAUUCUGUCUAUGUACUGAUGGGCAGCUUCAUAUCAGACAAGUCCUUCACCCAGAGGCAUCCAACAAGAAUGUCAUGCUGCCUGAAUGUUUUCAUUCAUUUUUUGACCUGCGAAAAGAAUUCAAGAAAUGUUGUCCUGAUUCACCUGAUCUUAAAGACCUGGAUGUUCAAGUUAUGGCCAAUUACUUAAACAUAGAAACUGAUCCAAGCGGUUACAGAGGGGCAGCUUUCCAGGUUCAAACUAUGGUUAACAUCAUUCUGAAACUGAUUUCAGACCCAAUCCACCAUAGAUUCUCUAAUCCAGAAAGAGUAAACCACAAAUUUGAAACGGGUACCUGCAGCAAAAUGGAAAUCGUUGAUGACAACACUGUGAUCCGAGCACGGGGGUUGCCCUGGCAAUCCUCUGACCAGGACAUUGCCAGAUUUUUCCGGGGUCUCAACAUUGCAAAAGGGGGAGCUGCACUCUGUCUAAACGCACAAGGAAGAAGGAAUGGGGAGGCGUUGGUAAGAUUUGUGAGUGAGGAACACAGAGACCUAGCGCUGCAAAGACACAAACACCACAUGGGAAAUCGAUACAUUGAGGUUUACAAAGCCACAGGCGAGGAUUUCCUUAAAAUUGCUGGAGGUACUUCCAAUGAAGUAGCUCAGUUCCUCUCCAAAGAGAACCAAGUGAUCGUUCGCAUGCGUGGUCUCCCAUUCACCGCCACUGCUGAAGAAGUGUUAGCAUUUCUUGGUCCCAGCUGCCCUGUCACCGAUGAGAAAGAAGGAAUCCUUUUUGUCAAGUACCCUGAUGGCAGGCCUACGGGGGAUGCUUUUGUAUUAUUUGCUUGUGAGGAAUUCUCACAAAACGCCCUUAAGAAACACAAGGACAUUCUGGGGAAGAGGUACAUCGAACUGUUUAAAAGCACUGCAGCAGAGGUGCAGCAGGUGUUGAAGAGGUAUACAUCUGCGCCUCUCAUUCCUAUAGCCCCUCCCAUCAUUCCUGUACUACCUCAGCCAUUCGUGCCCCCUCCCAGCGUCAGAGAUUGUGUCCGUCUGAGGGGCCUACCCUACAUUGCAUCCAUCGAGGACAUACUGGAGUUUCUCGCAGAGUUUACUAUGGACAUCAGGCCUCAUGGCAUCCACAUGGUGUUAAACCAGCAGGGUCGUCCUUCAGGAGACGCCUUCAUCCAGAUGAAAUCCCCAGAGUGGGCUUUCCUGACAGCGCAGAAGUGUCACAAGAGAACCAUGAAGGGCCGCUACGUGGAAGUCUUUCAGUGUUCAGCAGAAGAUAUGAAUAUUGUAUUAAUGGGGGGCACAUUAAAUCGGAAUGGCCUGUCCCCUCCGCCAUGUAAGUUACGACGUCUGUCUUCUCCUGGGUAUGUCUAUCCUCCCCCUACAGCCGUUAUCCCUGCAGAAGCUGCUGGACUCUACCAGCCCCAAAUGCUUCUCAAUCCCCGGGCCCUGCAGCCUCCCACAGCUUUCUACCCCGCUGGCACUCAGCUCUUUGUGAACUACGCUGCAUACUACCCAAGCCCCUCUGGCUCCCCAAACAGCCUGAACUACUUUGCCUCGCCUGCUGCCACCUCCACCGUGGCUCAGCCUGGACCGAUGGUCAGGAUGCAGAGUCUGGCCUAUAGCAACACAGGUGUCAAGGAUAUUCUCAACUUUUUCCAGGGCUACCAGUAUGCAUCAGAAGAUGGACUUGUACAUGCACAUGACCAAGCCAGGACACUACUCGCACAUCCCAAAGAAUGGGUCUGUAUUUAAAGGACCCUUCCCAUUAAACAUCUUGUGAAGAAAAGGAAGAAUCGUCCUGAGUCUGUGAUAAUGAUGAUGAUGAAUAAUUUGCAUGAACAGCCCAGCAGCAAUGCCUUAUUGACAUGUCCGCCUUGCAGUCAGCCAAGCAAAUGAACAGCCCAGCAGCAAUGCCUUAUUGACAUGCCCCGCCCUGCAGUCAGCCAAGCAAGCUGUGCAAGACAGGAACCAUUCUCACAUUGGGUUCCACUGUGUGGACCUUCAGCUGCUGUAGAAAGGCCAACGCGCAAUAUCAUGGGGACACAUUAUAAAACCUUGUGAGUCGAAUAACAAAGUGGAGCUUAACGCAUGUUUAAAAAAAUAAAUAAAUAAUUGAUUUAGUGUAGCUUUUGCCUGAACUUUUUUGAUGUAAAUAAUAAGCUUGAGUAUCUCGGAUUUCUAAAUUCAUGUGUAUGUAAAGUAAAAGUAUCUUUUUUUUUAAAUGAAUGCAGAAAAAGCUCAUUGCUGUAGCAGCUUUAUUUUGAAUUGCACAAGGUGUUACUUGAAGCCUUAAACUGAAAAUGUUAGCCACUGCAUUAUUGUAUAUGCCAAUGCAAACCCAAUGCCUGUUACUGUUUGUUUUUGUUUGUUUGUAUACUGUUGUAUCGUACAAUAUUGCAUGCAAUGUUCAAGAGGGGAGAGAGAAGGAUUAUGGGUUGUUGGUUUUCAUGUCCAGCUUAUCAAUCCUCAAGGAGCUGUAGUGCCAAUAAAGAAGAAUCUUCAUGCCAACAAUAACCAAGUCCAGAUAGACAAGCCAGCCUUUUUAGUUAAAUAGUUCAUAGGGAAUACAGCACUUAAGUAAGAACAUCUUCAAAUACAGGUAUUAUCAUGAUUCAAUUACUAACAGUUAAGCAUCAAGGCUGACAAUAUGCAUUUCCAGCCUUAUGUAGUAACCAUGUCAUAGUAAACCUGCAUCUGAUAAUAGUAUUGCUAUUUUAAAUACUUUGUAAAUUAUAUUAAAUAAAAAAAAUAAAUAAAUAAAUAUAUAUAUAUAUAUAUAUAUAUAUAUAUAUAUAUAUAUAUUAGUCAAGAGUUGUAAAGUCUGCACAGGGAUUGCAUUAGUUGUUUGCUAUGUGAACAUUUAUUUAGUUACUUAGUCUUAAGAAAAUGGUCACACUAAAUAAAACCAAUGGAAUUGGUUGGUUUUAUGUUCCAAAGAAUAAUAAGUCAGUGACAUGCUGUAGCUGCAGGUAUCACUGAAUGUAGAAAAACUACAGGUGAGACCGUGAUUUAAUGCUCGCAAAGCAGACAAAAAUGUUAUAAUUCUCUAACGCUUUAAUAGUGUUCAAGUCAACACUGUAUAAACUGCUUGCUCAAUUUGUUUCACUGGUAUCCUAUAGAUAGAUAUAUUGCACAAUGAUUUUAUAUUUAAAUGUUUACACUUGCUUUCCAGCCUGUUAUGCCAAAUUGAAGCUACAAGAAAUUCUAGUGAAUGUCAACAAGACUGACUGUUUUCUUGUACAGUGUGUUGCCAAAUGCUUGAACUGCAUGUUCAUUUCAAAUAAAUAUGCAGCAAUUGGAUUUAAAUCAAAACCAGUAUUCAUUGCAUUACUAAACUUGUUAGCAUUUAGAGACACAAUUGGUAAGUCAAUUGAUACCAUUUAAUUCAUUUUCAAUGAAUGGUGCAAUGUAUUACUAAACUGUAUUCCUUCUCCCUGUAGCAUCAAAAAUAAAAUUCAGCUAUUCAGUCAUUUGCAAACUAUUCAAAUCUUCAGGACUGGAAAUAUAUAUAUAUAUAUAUAUAUAUAUAUAUAUAUAUAUAUAUAUAUAUAUAU